UGUGUUGUUCUUACUUCUUUCAAUGUGACACAAAUGUCAUUUUCAAAACACUGAUAAAUCCACACACCAUCGUUUUCGCCCAGUGAAAGCGAUAUCAUUGCAGGUGCACGCAACACUUUUUUUUUCUUCUGUUUGGGAAAUAUUGCAUUUGCACCUCAGUUGAACAGUUAAUCAAAGCCGACGAAUCAAUUAACAAAUAUUUAGAUCAAUUAUCGUGAAUUUGGGUUUAUUUAUCAAGUAGGCGCAUUAACGGGACGGGUUUUUGUUUUUUCUCGGGGCGAUUCUUUUGCAUUUGCACAUUUGGAAUUGUUUAAGUGUCGCACAAAGUGUGUGUUUACCAUUAUCAUUAAGGUGACUUUUUGUUUCAGCAGACACGGGAUUUGUUUAGUUGGCUGCUAUUGACUGUGUACAAAAAGGUAAUCAGUGAGUUGCAAUGGCGGCAAGGUUUCGCAAAGUUGGCGUAACAACACUCGGUGCAUGCGCUGGCUUAGGCCUCGCUGGAUGGGCAUUGAAUCCAUUCGACAGACAAUAUGCAAAUGUAAAUGCAGCCGCAAUAGCAACGCCGCGGGUUAAGCGAAAGCUUCCUCCACGUUCUGAACAGGUGAAAACGUUGCAAAGUGGCGAAGAGUACGACGUAAUCAUCAUUGGUGGUGGUGCAACUGGUGCUGGAUGUGCUCUCGAUUCUAUCACAAGAGGAUUGAAGACGGCAUUGAUUGAAGGAGAUGACUUCGCAAGUGGUACAUCGUCGCGAUCGACGAAAUUGAUUCACGGUGGUGUGCGUUACCUGCAGAAAGCCAUUUUGGGUGCUGACAUUGAGCAGUACCGAAUGGUGAAAGAGGCUCUUCAUGAGCGAGCAUCGAUGUUGCAUUCGGCACCACAUCUAACACAUCCCAUCCCAAUAAUGUUACCGGUGUACAAAUGGUGGCAGCUUCCAUACUAUUGGGUCGGUAUAAAAUGCUACGAUUUCGUUGCUGGCGAUCGAAAUGUAAAGAGUUCCUAUGUGCUGUCGAAAAAUAAUGCGCUCGAACUGUUCCCAAUGUUGAAAGGUGAUAAAUUGGUCGGUGCCAUUGUCUACUAUGACGGUCAACAAGAUGAUGCACGUAUGAAUUUGGCGGUGGCAUUAACGGCAGCUCGUCAAGGUGCAACCGUCGUCAAUCACACCGAAGUCACAUCGUUGCUGAAGAAAAAGAACGAAGAAGGCAAAGAGGUGCUGUGCGGUGUAAAAGUGCGUGACACAAUAACAAACAAACAAUGGGAAGUAAAAGGCAAGUGUAUCAUCAAUGCAACUGGCCCAUUCACCGAUUACAUCCGUAAAAUGGACGAUCCAAAUGUGAAAACGAUCUGUUGUCCAAGUUCCGGUGUUCACAUCGUAUUGCCUGGUUACUACAGUCCACAACAAAUGGGUUUGCUCGAUCCAUCGACAUCCGAUGGUCGUGUGAUCUUCUUCUUGCCAUGGCAAAAUCAAACAAUUGCCGGCACCACCGAUUUGCCAUGCGAUGUGACCCACAAUCCGAAACCAACCGAAGAUGAAAUCGAAUUCAUUUUAACCGAAAUCAAAAACUAUUUGAACUCCGACGUUGAAGUGCGUCGUGGUGAUGUGUUGUCGGCAUGGAGUGGCAUCCGUCCAUUGGUAUCGGAUCCAAACAAAGAGGACACACAAUCAUUGGCCCGGAAUCAUAUUGUGCACGUAAGCCCAUCGAAACUGGUGACAAUUGCCGGUGGCAAAUGGACAACAUACCGUGCCAUGGCCGAACAUACAAUGGACGCAGCGAUCAAAGCAUGCAAUUUACAACCGGAAAAAGAGUCUUGCCAAACCGAUGGUAUGCUGUUGGAGGGUGCUCAUGGUUGGACACCAACCAUGUACAUUCGUUUGGUACAGGAUUUCGGUUUGGAAUGUGAAGUUGCACAACAUUUGGCACAAUCGUACGGUGAUCGCGCAUUUCCAGUCGCUAAAAUGGCAUCGCUCACCGGCAAACGGUGGCCAAUCAUUGGUAAAAAAGUUCAUCCCGAAUUCCCAUACAUUGAUGCCGAAAUUCGUUAUGGUGUACGUGAAUAUGCAUGCACUGCCAUUGAUAUGAUUGCUCGACGCUUGCGUCUCUCAUUUUUGAAUGUACAAGCCGCACAAGAAGCAUUGCCCACCAUUGUUGACAUUAUGGCCGAAGAAUUGAACUGGUCCAAAGAGGAGAAAGAACGGCAAAUCAAAUCGGCCACCGAAUUUUUGACCAACGAAAUGGGACAGUUCGUGAAUCGGGCAUCACGUGACAAAAUUCCGAUUAAUCUAUCGAAAGACGAAAUUCAAUUGUACAUUAAACGAUUCCAAAUCAUCGACGCAGAGAACAAAGGAUACGUGUCAAUCAACGAUAUUCGACGUGCACUCAAGAAUAUUGAAGGGAUUACGGUAAACGACGAAAAUCUGCAUGAGCUACUCAAAGAAAUCGACGUCUCGUACAACGGUCGAUUGGAAAUGUGGGACUACUUCCAGAUGAUGUCGGCAAUCAAAUCGGGUCACGUGGCCUACUCUCGAUUCGCGCGAAUGGCUGAAUUGGAAGAAGAGAAGCACGAAGUGGAAAAACUCAAGAAGAAGAUCACCGUUGAUCGUUCCGGAGGUGGACUGUAGAGAACAAAACAUGUGCAAAUCAAAAUCAAUCGAUUUUUAAUUAAGAUUUUUAAACGUACGAAAAAGCGAACACAAUUUUUUUCAAUCCCACAUUUUUCCUGUCUCCACAUACGCACACACACACACUCAAACAACAACAACAUUUGAUCUUUACAAAAAAAACACAUAAAAUGCUAAACUUUCUAAAUAACGUUUUUUAUUUCUUUUCUUCUGACAAAAUUAAGAAUGUGUCGACACAAAAUGUGUGUGUGUUUAUGAUUACCAUUAAAUUGUAUGAAUAUAACUGAAGAAAUGAACAAAAAAAUCAACAACAAACAAAAAAUCGCGCAUAAAAGUCAUAUUUAUCAGGAAUCAAAUCCUUUGUAAUUUUUAACUUGUCCAAAAGUGACCGACGACCAGUGGGUCGCGGUCGUGGUUUACAAUCAUAUAUGAUAUAGAUAUAUAGCCAUUAACGGCAAAUAAACAAUAAAAGAAACAUGAUGAUAAAUGAAAUAAGACAUUAGUACUUAUCAGUGGA